CACCAGCUCGAAAAGGCCCUCGAAGACAGUGAAUCCACUCGUCUCUCCGAAUCUCGUAGCGUCCGCAACGUGGACCGUACGGUGAAGGACCUACAAACUCAGAUCGAGCGCCGCGACAAGCAAAACGCCUCCGUCAUGGAUGACCUCAACAAGUCCCGCGACAAGAUCUCCAGCCUGCUCGCCACCAUCGACGAUCUCCAAUCCUCCGACUCAACCAACCAACUCGCCGCUAAGCGCGCCGAGCGCGAACUUCGCGAGGAACGAGAAAAAACACUGCGUCUCGAACGCGAACUUGAAGGCUGGAAGAACCUCCGCGUUGAGCGCCGUAGCGUCCUCGGCGUCCCCGGAGCGCCAGCAAGUGAGGCUGGCGACACGCGCUCACGACGAGGCAGCUCCAUCGGCCUCCUAAUGGGUGAAAUGGGUGAAGUCUCUGCAGCCGACAAAGGAAAGUACGGCGGCAGUCUUCGCUCCGGUCUCCGUCGUGUCAGCGGUCAGAAGGGUUUUUUGUAGUAGAUGGGAUCUCUGAGGGGAGGGGAGCAUGGAGAUCCCGGUAUCCUAUCAUGAAGCUGAGCCCGCCGUUGGAAGAAGAAGAGGGCUUUGCAACGAGAGUUGUUGAUGACGCAGUCAGGAACUAUCAGUGGCGGCGCGCCGCUGCUGUUGCUCCGGCUGUCACGCAAAUGGUGGAGUUGGAUGAAAAGGAGUAUAAUACCCUGGCAAAGGUUCUGGGGAAUGAUACACCAAGUGGUUCCCCACUUGAGGGUGAUCAAAUGGAUGUAGAGAUCACGGAUGAUGAGGACGAGGCUAAACCCGGCGAUGAUGGCGACAGUGCUGUUGGCGGUGUCGCCGCUACGGGUACUAUCAAGAGGAAGAGGACGGUUCGUGUUGUAAUCAGGUCGAGGGCGUUUAUUUAG